AUGUUAUUUCUAUUUUUCAUACUACAAUAUACAUUAUGUUCAAACAUUGCUGCUUAUUGGGGUCAAAAUGCAGGUAGUAACCAACAAUCAUUAGGUCAUUAUUGUUCACUGUCACCAGCAAAUAUUAUUAUUUUAUCUUUUUUAAAUAAUUUUCCUCAAAUUGGUUUAAAUUUUGCAAAUCAAUGUUCACAAACUUAUGGAGAUGGACUUCUACAUUGUUCACAAAUUGCUCAAGAUAUAAAGAGUUGUCAAAAUCAAGGUAAAAUUAUUUUACUUUCAUUAGGUGGAGCUACUGGAAAUUAUGGUUUUACAUCAGAUUCACAAGCUGAAACAUUUGCAACUACUUUAUGGAAUAAAUUUGGAGGUGGUUCAGAUAAUGAAAGACCAUUUGAUGAUGCUAUAGUAGAUGGUUUUGAUUUUGAUAUUGAAAAUAAACAACAAACUGGUUAUGUUGCUUUAGCUAAUCAAUUAAAAAAUUAUUUUGCAACUUCUUCUAAAAAAUAUUAUUUAUCAGCAGCUCCUCAAUGUCCUUAUCCUGAUGAAUCUGUUGGAGAUUUAAUGUCACAAGUUGAUUUGGAUUUUGCAUUUAUACAAUUUUAUAACAAUUAUUGUUCAAUUGAUAAACAAUUUAAUUGGGAUACUUGGACUCAAUAUGCUAGUAAUAAAAACAUUAAAUUAUAUUUAGGUAUUGCUGGCUCUUCAUCUUCUGCUGGCUCAGGUUAUGUUGAUCUUUCAAGUGUUCAAAAUGCUAUCUCAAGUAUUAAAAAAGAUUCUUCAUUUGGUGGUGUUUCAAUAUGGGAUAUUUCAUCAAUUCCUGAUACUUUUAUUCAAGGUAUCAAUCAAGCUUUACAAGGAAGUGGAGUAGUAAAUACUUUAUUAACAAGUUCAACUUCAAAUUCAAUUAUAUCAACAAUUCCAAUAGCAUCUUCUUUACCUAUUGCAUCUUCAUCAUUAAUAGCAUCUGCAUCGCCAAUUGCUUCAACAACUACUGGUGGUUUGGCAAAUUGGUGGAACAAUUUAUUCAAUUCUCCAACUACUUCAACCCCUUCUUAUGUACCAACUAGUACUUCAUCAUCAUUUAAUUGGUUUCAAACACCUGGUACAUCAACAGCUGUUAUACCAACAACAACAGCAGCGGCAAUUGUACCAGCAACAACAGCGGCUCCAGCUCCAGCGACAACCUCCAAAUUCAAUUGGUUUGGUUUAUUUGGUACAGCUUCAACUUCAACUCAAAAUGUUGCUGCUGUAGAAGUUACAACCUAUGUAACAAUUACAACCACUGUUUCUCCAUCAUAUAUUAAAAGAGAUAACAUCAAUAUAGACUCUUCAGAAGCUACAUCAUUUCAUCCAGGAUACCUUAUAUUUAUGACUUUUGUAACAUUUAUUUUUGUUUUAUAG